AUUCAAAGGCGUCAAUCUUUCCUGCUAUUUCUUUCUGAGAGACUCUCGCUCACUUCCCUGCGAAUCCUCCUCAGACAGGACCAAAAAGGUUUGAAGAAGAAAAGGACGGAGGAAGCCUGACUUUUCCUGCUCAACAUGUCAGCAGCACGGGGACGAGCAGAACUGCAGCCUGCAGCUCCUCUCAACAUGAACCAUUACGCCACUAAGAAGACGGUGGCGGAGAGCAUGCUGGACGUGGCUCUGCUGAUGGCUAACGCUUCUCAGCUGAAAGCAGUGGUGGAACAAGGGCCCGACUUUAAAUAUUACAUCACUGUGAUCGUGCUCAUCUCCGUCUCGCUCUUCUUCCAAGUGAUUGUUGGGGCUCUCUUUGUCGUUAUGGCGCGUAAAGAUCUUAAUAACGUCGCCAAUCAGAGGAAGCUGGACAUCAUCAAUAACGUGGCUACAGUGCUGGUUUUCCUCACAGUCAUCAUCAACAUCUUCAUCACUGCUUUCGGUGUGCAGAAGACAGGCCUCUACCCCCAGCAGUGAGCUCACCACCGGCUGAAAUCACGUCAUCUUGACCUCCAUUCCAACAGAGAACUCUGGAGCCCAACCUUCAACCCAGCCAGAAGAAAAGAAACUUUAAUGCAUAAAUGCUCCUCUUUAUUAUACUUAGAACAAAAAUAUAAUAGCUUCUAGUAAAUGCAUGAUUUUAAUAUUUUGCUACAUGACAGCUCAAACUCAUUAUCACAAGCUUUAUUUAUUUUAUCUAUUUUUAAGUUACGAUGCUUGAAUUUCCUUUGCUCUGUUUGUUGCCAGUAUUGUUUGUCUGUUGUUUUAAUCACAAUUUAUUCUUAACAUUAAUUCAGACAAGAUUUUAUAUUUAACAACAUUGUAAAGAUUUUUUUUAUUUUCUUCCUGAAAAUAAUAAAGACAUUUUAUAAACUUUCAAUGCUAAUGAAUGAGAAUCAGCAUUAUACCCCACCUAGAAUUCAGAUUUAUUUGUUUAUUCUCACAUUUAAAUUAUUAAAAUAAAUAAAAUAUAAUAUGUUAUGUAUAAUGAAGUGUCUUGAGUCUUAAACAUUUGGUGACAAAUUGAUUAAACAUUAUUUAUCAGUGUGA